AUAGGACGCAAGUUGGGUAUAAAUGGGAGUACCUCGAGUGCACAGUCUAUGGAGCCCUACAAGGAAGAGCUGCAGUUGCAGAGCUUUAACUGUGUUUGGUUUUAAAUUUAAAACUCCCCGAAGAGCUUAAUUUGUGGGAUUUUUUAUUCUCGAUCUUUGGUUAAAAGUAAGCUUUUAGACUGUUUCUUCAGCCGACGUUGAGCUGCCCCGUUGAGGAGUGACGAAAAUAUGAAAUACAUUAUAGGAAUUGGCGGAGUCACUAAUGGUGGAAAAACCACCCUGACAAAUAAGUUGAUCAAGACUUUGCCCAACUGCUGUGUUGUGCACCAAGAUGACUUCUUCAAGAAACCCGAUCAGAUAGAAGUCGGGAAGGACGGCUUUAGACAAUGGGAUGUGAUCACAGCUUUGGAUAUGGAGGCCAUGACUAACACAGUAAAAGGCUGGAUCGAGAACCCUGUGAAGUUCGCUCGUUCUCAUGGUGUCACCCUGUCCUCUGUCUCUGACGUGGCCAACUCUGAUGAGCAGAUCCAUAUCCUGAUUGUGGAGGGCUUCCUGCUCUACAACUACCCGCCCCUGCAGGAUGUUUUCAACAAGUGCUAUUACAUCACGAUUCCCUAUGAGGAGUGCAAGUCGAGGAGAAGUACAAGGCAGUACACUGUCCCCGACCCUCCUGGCCUGUUUGAUGGCCACGUGUGGCCCAUGUACCUGAAGCACAGGAGAGAGAUGGAGGACAGCAGCUUGCAUAUUGGGUACCUGGAUGGUUUGAAAACGAAAGAGGAGAUCUACAACCAGGUGUAUGAAGACAUUCAAAAUAACCUGCUCAAUCGUUUAUAGCAGGAAGACUCCUCUCCAUCCCUGUACAGAUUUUGUAAAUAGUCUCAAGGAUUUUUUUUCAUUUUUUUUUUUUUUUGUACAUAGAACAAAACAAUGUUAACUUAUCAUUGUCUUUUAUUUCAAUCAUCUUCAGAUGAUCAGUGUUUUUUGUUUUUUUCCUUUUAAAAGGUGAUUGUUGUACUGAUCCAUGUUACUGUUAUCUUAAACCACUGACUUGUACUGGACCAUUUAUCUGCCAACUGCAUUCUCCUACAAAUAAAUGUAUUAGCUGCUGUUGACAUACAGUACAUGAA